UUAUCAUAGACGAAAUAGAUUGAAUUAAGAGGAACUCUACCUUUUUGCUCUGUCCCUCCCUACACCUCUUCUCGUUUUCCCUCCCUCUCACACUCCCUCUUUCUCUCCCCUUUCUUUCUUUUCCACAUUACCAGGGGGUGGUGUGUGAUUGACGGAUGGGAACGAAUAAUUUUUCUCGUAACCUAAGGCCAUCCUCUGUGAUUGGCUUGCCAGCUGACAUCUCCGAACCUCGCUCGUCUUCUUUCCCCCCCCCCCCCUUUAAUAUCGGGCCUGUGGAUGAGGCAUCCUGAGAGAGAGAAAAACAUAUCUACCUCAGGAAAGAACCUCAUAGAGAGGGAGGGAAGGAAGGAGAGAACGGGUAGGAGCGUGUGUGUGUGUGCGUUUGUAUAUGUGUGAGAGAGAGAGACACUUACUCUCCUAACUACUAGGAGACAGACACAUUUUCCUGUCCAGACUCAAAGAAGGGGGAAAACAGGAGGAUUUUUUUUUUUUUUUUUGCUUCAAUUUGAUUUCAAUUUUCCCGUCCCUCAACAAUCAAGCUUUUCCUAAAGCUUCUCCUCCAGGAAGUCUGUUCUUCAUUCCCAAUUGGAAACUCUAUGUAUUGAUCCAUUUCCACUCUACCACCACAAGGCAUACCUCAUGGAUUUGUUCCUGAUUGGAUAUAUGAUGUGUGUGUGGUUGUCCAGCUGGCGGGUGCUUGGAGGCUAUCCCAUCUGGUGGUCCCUAGCCCUGGGGCAGCAGUACUCGUCUCUGGGCUCCCAACCCAUUCUGUGCGGCUCCAUCCCUGGCCUGGUGCCCAAGCAGCUGCGCUUCUGUCGCAACUACAUCGAGAUCAUGCCCAGCGUGGCCGAGGGCGUGAAGCUGGGCAUCCAGGAGUGCCAGCACCAGUUCAGGGGCCGGCGUUGGAACUGUACCACCAUCAAGGACAACCUAGCCAUCUUCGGCCCUGUGCUGGACAAAGCGACCAGAGAGUCGGCGUUCGUCCACGCCGUCGCCUCAGCGGGGGUGGCGUUUGCUGUGACUCGGUCCUGCGCCGAGGGCACAUCCACCAUGUGUGGCUGUGACUCCCACCACAAGGGUCCCCCGGGGGAGGGCUGGAAGUGGGGCGGCUGCAGCGAGGACGCCGAGUUCGGGGUGCUGGUGUCCAGAGAGUUUGCCGAUGCCAGAGAGAACCGCCCUGACGCACGCUCUGCUAUGAAUCGGCACAACAACGAAGCAGGACGCAUGACCAUCCUGGACCACAUGCACCUGCGCUGUAAAUGCCAUGGCCUGUCGGGCAGCUGCGAGGUGAAAACAUGCUGGUGGGCGCAGCCCGACUUCCGCAUGCUGGGCGACUACCUGAAAGACAAGUACGACAGCGCCUCGGAGAUGGUGGUGGAGAAGCACCGCGAGUCGCGCGGCUGGGUGGAGACGCUGCGCGCCAAGUACGCCUUCUUCAAGCACCCCACAGAGCGCGACCUGGUCUACUACGAGGGCUCGCCCAACUUCUGCGAGCCCAACCCGGAGACGGGCUCAUUCGGCACGCGCGACCGCGCCUGCAAUGUGUCCUCGCAUGGCAUCGAGGGCUGUGACCUGCUCUGCUGCGGCAGGGGCCACAACACUCGGACUGAGAAGCGCAAGGAGAAGUGCCACUGCAUCUUCCACUGGUGCUGCUACGUCAGCUGCCAAGAGUGUGUGCGCGUCUAUGACGUGCACACGUGCAAGUGAGAGCCUGUGCGCUCGCUCGGACAGAAUGAUGGACCACAGCAGCCAUCGCAGACAUAGACACACUGCAGUCAUCGCAUGCAUACAGACUUAAGUACAGACAGACACCAAUGGGGAAUGGCAUUUCUGUACUGGAACUCUAUACUUCUGGACCCUUGUAAUAAAAAUGUCCCUCAUAUCCUUCUUCCAAGCCCUGCGUCCCAUAUGUAGGUCCAUUUCCAUUGGAACAAGCUCAGUCAGUUUGACCAGUUCCCAUUCCUGCAGCAUUGGGCCAUGACCCCUUCUUUAUUUAUCCCCCCCCCACACACACGGCUGUGAUACCGAACUUGUAAUCAUUGCAGUAACCGAUGACUUUCCAGACCAUUGCUAUCGAAUGGACAUCUUUUUAACUAACACCUGAUUUCACCAGUCAAAUCACCUGGCUGGUCAACUAUUGUGAACUAAAGCAGUUCCCCAACGUCACUCCUCAAUCCAAACAGUACUGAACACACGGCGGCAGCCCAGGAACCUACCACUUAACUACUGAGCGGGCUGUUUCUGGACCCUGCCCUUCUAAACUAAGCUACUGAGCUGGUGAAAUCUCCACUUUCCCAACCCCUGUACUGCAGCAGUCACCUAGCUGAGACGCCUGGAAGAUGUGCUACAGCGUGACUUUAUAGCCCCACAUUUCUGAAAUAUUAGCAAUGGGCCGGGACUGGAGGUGGUAUGCAGGAAGGGAACAAACAUGCUUGUUCCCACUCACGGACAUUUCUGCACAUGUAUGCACUAUUCAGCUGUACACGAACUGUCUGGACGAGGUGAAACUUUAGCAAUUGUUAUUUAUGAGAGCAAAUGCAUUCUUCUUGUUGAUCUCAAGAUCAGAUAGACUUUUCUGGAAUUUCCCUUACAGUAUUUGAGGAAAUUAUAAUGAUAUGUCAUAUAGAAGAAAACAUUCGCAACCAACAACAGGUAGAGGGUUCAGGUUUAAGAGACCGUACUUCAUUGGAUUAAGAUUGAAUUCAUGGAUCACCAGGUCAUUUUGCACUUGCAAUAGGCCCAAUGCUAAUGAAUAAUUAUACUAAUAGCGGGUCGUACUACAACAAUGAGAUUAUAAUUAUAUCUAACACUGGCGGUCCAUUUCAUUAGGUUCCUCAUAGCGCUGGGAAGUCCUUGUUCUAAGCUAAACCCUACUCACCAGUGAAAUGUGACGACAAGUGGAGAACGCAGACAGUGUCAAGUCUUCAAUAGCCCCCUUUCCUCAUCUCCUUCCCUUAAUUGCCACUGACGUGAAAUGUCUUGACAAUAGAAGCAAUGUGAUGGAAACUUGUUC